AGUAGGGCCUGAGGCAUAUAUCUAUCCCUAGAGAUUGGAGAUAGACAUAUGGCUUAUGGUCCCCAGUUUAAGGAUAUCUGCUCGGAUUUUUGAGGGCUUCAUUGGGUGCCAUGCAUUUCCUCUUCCUCAGGACUCCUCUUGGGACUCGACAUGAUCUCUCUUGGCCCUAUGCCAUUCAUCUGGACAAAUUCACUUGUGUUUAUGUACCUACAGGGACUACUAGGAAGGCAUCAUCCCCACCCUUCUUCCUCACUGAGCAGGAGCAACAGCUGAACCAGGUGGAUAAACUGACCCUUCAGCUACAGAUGAUGACCAAUGAGAGGAAUGAACUGCUGGAACUCCUGGCCCUUUAUAACAACAAUGAGUUGAACAACAGGCUGAAUUCUGAACUUGAGAUUCUGAAAACACAGCAUAAGAAGGAGAUGUCAGAUGUAAAGAAAUUCCCCAAGGAGAUUUGUGAGGCCUCGUACAAGUGCAAGAAGCUGAGUGAGAAGACCAACUCCUACUGCACCCUCUACAGUCAGCUCCUGAGUGAAUGGACUCAGCUAAAGGAAAAAGUGAGCAUGCUGAAAAAGAAGAACAGAAAGCUGCAGGGGGAGCAGAUUUUACUACAAGAGUCCUGCGAGGAGGCGAGGAGGCUCUGUGAGGAGGCCCAUGAGAAGAUCUAUGACCUCUGGACAAGGCAGCAGCAGGUGCUCUCUGACCCUUUUCCCCUGGGGAAGCAGGGAAUGAACUUAGCUGAAAGGUUUGAAAACCUCCAGCAGGAACUGGAGCAGACCACAGCCCAGCAUGAGAGCCUCCUGCAGAUGGAGCUGCUGAAGCAGAAACACUAUGUCCCAGGCAAAUAA